AUGCCUCUUGCAGCAGUAGGGCAAUUUUGCGCCACAGCGUCCAUUGUAGCCAAUAAGUCCAUAUGCGUUGAUCUCAUCAAGAAAGCAGCUCGACAAGGUGCAUCUAUGAUAUUCCUUCCUGAGGCUUCCGACUUUAUCUCUAGAAAUGCACAGGAAGCAAAAGAGCUUACUACAGCACUAGACACAUCUGAAUUCAUCCAAGGCGUGCAGAGCGAAGCAGCCGCAUCAGGUAUCUGGGUGUCUGUUGGUGUCCAUGAAACAACCACAGCUGCCGAGAGUGACAAGAUCUACAAUACGCAUGUGUUGAUUGAUAGUUCAGGCAUCAUCAAAAGUGCUUAUCGCAAGAUACAUUUAUUUGAUGUCGAUAUAGCGGGUGGACCAAGACUGAUGGAAAGCGACACGACAGAAAAGGGAGACACUGUGGGUUGUCCUGAAGCGACACCAUUAGGGAAACUAGGCUUGCAAACGUGCUAUGAUAUGCGCUUUGCAGAAGCCUCCAUUGCUUUAAGAGCGAGGGGAGCAGAGCUGCUGGCUUAUCCCAGUGCGUUCACUAUCAAGACAGGCAUGGCACAUUGGGAGGUUUUGCUAAGAUCCAGAGCAAUUGAAACGCAAACCUAUGUUGUUGCCGCUGCUCAAAUUGGCCAGCAUAAUGAAAAGAGGGCUAGUUAUGGCAAUGCUAUGAUUGUCGAUCCAUGGGGAACAGUGCUUGCUCGCUGUCCUGAUACUGCAAACAAACCAUCCAUCGCGAUUGCAGAUAUUGAUCUGGAUUAUCUCACACGAAUCAGAGCUGAAAUGCCUGUGAUGAACCAUCGCAGAACGGAUCUGUACCCCAAAAUCGAAUAA